UCCCUUAAACAUAGCAAUUGUGUAUGUCAUUAACUUAUUAUCAUAUAGGGUCUUAAGCUAUAUAAAGGAUUGUUAUUACAUAAAUUGUCUUAUAUUAUCAAUGGCUAAUUCUAAGGACUAUAUUUCGUUUGUUCUUCUUUGUGUUUUCCUCUUAUCUUCACAUGCCUUGGCACAUGAAUUAUCCAAGGAGGAAAGAAUUUCAACACUACGUGCUAUGAAGGUUCAUGGGUUAGAAGGUUCAACAAGUGACUCAAUUCACAAUGGUUUUGGUUAUUAUUAUUAUCCAAAUCAAUGGGGUAGUAUUCCUCAUCCCCCUCCUGGUUCGAGGUAUAGUCCGAAAAGGCCACCACCUCGUCGCGGUGGCCCUCCUCCUCUUCCUCCUCCUUCAAAUUACUAUCCUCGCAUGAUGGGCUUCCUCCUUCCUUUUCACACUCCAUUGCUUCCUAUGCACACUCCAUUGAUGUCUUUCUCUGGUGAUUCAUUUGGUUACCAACCCUUAAACAUAAAAGAUAUAGGUAAGACAUACGCAUUUUAA